CACUUACUAAAAUGAAUAAGAUUCAAUGUUAUCAGAGGACAAUUAAACAAUUAUAUCUCACUUAUGCAUCUCAAAUCAAUUCAGUGUAUGUCCGAAAUUAUUGUACAGAAGGAGAAUCAAGCAAAACUACCGCAAAUGUGAAGGAUCAAAAUAACAGUGACAAAAAUGUAGAAGCUAGCAAUUUCGAACAAACUUUUCAAUCGCUUAACGAUAUUGAAAUCAAAAAUAAUAUGGCAGUUCCAAGACGUAAUACUUUCGCUUCGUUACUUCGACAUUCUAAAUUUAUAGAUCUAGGAGAUCCGGAAGGAAAAGUAGUACUAGGAGAAAUUUUUCAGAUUGUUAAUAAUGACUUAUAUAUUGACUUUGGAUGGAAAUUCUAUUGCGUUUGCAAAAAACCCCAAAAAGAUUCUAUUCAAUACAUCAGAGGUUCAAAAGUUAAAUUGUUGAUAAAGGAUUUAGAAUUGUCCACGCGAUUUUUAGGAGCAUCUAGUGAUUUGACACUUUCAGAGGCAGACUGCAUUCUUCUUGGUUUAGCAAAAUCUCCAUCGGAAUAUAAUUAAAAUUUACUCGUAGAACACAGCAAAUGAACGGAAAUCAAGGGAAUAAUAAUUGUCAAUAGUACUCUGAUAACUGAAAAAUAUUCACUAUCAUGAAACAGUAAUAUUUCCAAUAACAAACACUUUGGCAUCAAGCUGAUGAGUUAUUAUAACUUAUCUUGAAAAACAUAGUUAUAAUUGUUCAAAAAAUAUGUGAUAAUGAAACAUAUAGUUAUAUAUAUGAGUGUAUAUUGCAAUAAAAAAAAAGAUUAAAAUUAAAGAUUAUUAAAUUCUAAUAAAUUCUGAUGAUUACUAUACGAAUUUGAACUCAGAUAUAAAGACUUAAAAAUAAAAGACAGUUUUACUUUUUAUUUAAUAAUUAAUACAAAAUAUAAGAAACAAAAUUAAUUGAUACAAUAUGCAAAGAUUUCUUACAUAUUUAACUUUGAAACAUCUUUCUCAAAGAACAAAAGAAAAUGGAAGUUGUGAAAAACUUUCAAUAAAAGAGUGCGAAUGUUAUUUUAUUGUUUUAAUAAUAAUAUUAACGCGUCGAUUCUAAUUUCGUGUAUGAUUAUUAUAAUUAAAUGUAAUGAAAGCUAUUGUACUUUAAGAAAUAUUGAAAAGUAUUUAAGAUCGAUAGAAUUAUAUAUCUAUGCAAUAAAUCUAAUUACGCUAAUUCUAUCGAUCGCAUUGCGCGUAGUUAUAAAAAUUUUCGGAAAAAAGAAACUUUCGUAACAUUGUCAAAUAGCUAUGCGUAUUCUAUUGUACAACUAAUUUGCAGAAAUUAUAACUGCGAGUGUUCGUUAUUAGAAUUUUACAUCCAUAUUUCGUACUAAUCAAAUAUGGCGGGCUUUUAUUUUCAUUUAAACGAAGUUGCGCAGU